ACUUCAUCAGAGUCAACGCAACGCCAAAUUAGAGGAUUGAGUGUAGGGGUAAGCGGCACAGAUCAUGUCUGAAAGAGCGAGCAUGCGGCCACAAUGCGAGGGUUCGGAGGCGCACAAACCUGACGACGCUCAUGCGCUAUGCAACUCGCACGGCACCUUCCUGUGCAUCCAGUGUCUUAUCGAGAAGCGCCAUCUAGAGGAGGGCACGUGCUCUGUGGUCGAUCUCCGGAAGUUGACUUCGCGGUUGGACCGCGCACGCAUACAGCGUCUCGUCCUCACCCAGAUGGCCACACGGCGGCUCGCGCAGAAGGAGGAUGCGGAACAACGCCUAGAAAAGGAAGGUGGGAACGUUGAGCUCGCCAUGGAGACAGCUCUCGAGCGCCUGAAAGAGAAACUGACCUUAAUGAAGGAUCAGAGCGUUGCUGCCAUGGCCGGCGACAUCGAACGCCGUCUAGCAAUGCCAGAAGUCCGUAAGGAGAGAGACGCGCUUGGAAAACUGAAAUCUACAUUGCAGGCGAGUAUUGACGCCCUACUUGUAGCCGACAAAACCGGGGCUGAUAUUUCCGGGAAGGACCUCCAGAAAUACAGGGAUCAGGAAAAGCAGGCGGCAUUAACAUUGAGGCAUUUGAAGAAAGACUUUUCGGGAGAUAUAGUGGCAAGGUUUGACCUGUCACCAAGUAUCAGUGAAAUAUUGUCAGGUCGAAUAAUGACGCUGGGAAAAGCUGCUUUUGAUUCUUCGCACAAGACUAUACGGCACCCAUAGCAACCGGAGUGACAACACACACAAAGUCGUUUAUUUGGUACGUGAAAUCAAAGUGGACACACUAUUUUAAGAUCAGGUUUAAUAUUAAAUGUUGUAUAUGUCAUUUAGAACCAUAGUGUGAUAGUUGCAGAAACUUUGUAUGAAAGUGUUUCCAUUUAAUUUAAUAGAUAUGAAUUCAAUCGCUU